AUGAUCGAAUUACAUCAUUUGUCUCUUGAUGAAUCACUUGAUAGUACAACUUUGAAUACUGAUCGUUCAUUUUCAAUCAUUUCUUCAUCUCUUGGUCAAUACUCAUCGAAAAAAUACGUGCUUGUCGACAAUCACAAAGUGAAUCAUGCAAAACCAUCUCCCUGUUGGAAUCGAUUUGCUCUUCCUGUUGUAAAAGAUGAAAAUAAUCGUAAUAUUGUUAUUAAAAAUUUUGCAACAUGUCGAUCUUGUUAUGCAACUUAUGUAUUUACAUAUGGAUCAACCAAAUCACUAAAUUCUCACAAAUGUGUCAAAGAAUUAUCAUCAAUAUCUACAUCACCUAGUACUAAAUCACCAUCCUUGAAUUCGAAAAUAAAUCGAUUUUCUUCUGAAAAGAAAAAGACGUUAACAUCGUUAAUUGCACUAUGGAUAUGUCAAAGUAUCCGUCCUAUCAGUAUUGUUGAAGAUGAAGGUUUUUUAAAUAUUAUCCAACAAUAUCUUAGCUGGGAUGGUGGUCUAUUUAAUAAUAUAUAUGGUAAUGAUAUAUUACCAUCAAGAUCGACAAUUACGAGAGAAAUUAAGCGACAAGCAAAUGAUAUUCGUGAACAUCAAGGCUCAAUUACGGGUGCUCUUUCUCGUUUUGGACUUGAUCAGUUAAUGGAUAAAAUAACUUUUGUUUGUGAUCGUGGUAGUAAUCUGAUAAAAGCAUUGGAAGAUUAUCAAGUGGUUCAUUGUUUUCCUUAUAGACUGAAUAAUGUCUUAAAACGAACAUUUUACAGUGCAGGUACUAAAGAAAAGAAACAGAGAAAACAAAGAAAAGAAUCAUUGAAAAAGAAUCAAAAUAAUGAUCAAUUCAAUUGGAAUAAUUCAAAUGAUGAUGAUAAUGUCUGUCUUACGUAUUAUGAUGAUAGGGAUUCAAGUGAAAGUGAAACAGAUGAUAAUAUUGUUCUUGAUGAAAAAUCUGUUGAAUUAGCUUUGAGAAGUUUAUCAUCAUCCCUGAACGUUAAUUGGCAUCCUAAGCUGGAAACAUUAAGCAAGUCAACGAUCAAACAAGCAAUAAUUGUUCGAUGGCUCACAAUGUCACAAUUGCUCGAAAGUAUUCUGUCUUCAUAUUCAGCUUUAACAAGUAUUGCAAGUGAGGAGGGUGCCCUUCACACUCUCCCUACAAUUGAUGUGUCAACUGUAGCUACUAUUAAUGGUUUAUUCUUACCAUGGAAAGAGGUGAUCGAACGUUUACAAGCGACUAAUACAUCAUCUCUCCAUCUAGUAGUUACAUCUUACUGGUAUCUUCUCGAAAGUCUGGUAGUGACGAAGGAUGAAGUAGCUGAUAAAGCAGCCCAAGAUGUUGUCCUUUUUAAAAGACAUGCACGACAAUUAUUAAAAGCAAUGUUCUCUUUGCACGAUCUAUAUUGGAUCGCUGCAAUACUCAAUCCACAUAGAAGAAUGCUUAAACAUGCUACUGAUGUUGAACGUGCACAUGCAUAUUGUCUAGUGCGAGCUAGAGUAGCUAAACUUAUGAAAAUGGCACAGAUUGAUAAUAAUGAAGAAGUAUUAUCUUCAGCAACUAUUAGUUCAACACCACCACCUCGCAAAAAGUUGAAGUCCUACACAACACAAUUUCAUGAUGACACAGAUUUAGGUGAAACAAGUAGUAAUAUGACAAUUGCAAAACGUGCUCGUCGUGAAUUAGAAAUCUAUUUACAACUGAAUUUAACUAAUUGUUAA